UACAUGCGUGUGCUAUAUAUAUACAUACAUAAAUCUGUCUCUAUAUAUAAAAAAAAAACCUAAAACCCUUUCAAUUUCCAAUCUUUUCGAUUUCCCAAUAAUUUAUUCAUCCUAUACUCAUGAUCAUAUCAGGAAUUCGAAUUUGAUUCUUCAAUAUUAAUUCUCCAAUUCCAUUUUUCUUUAAUUUUAUUUCAAUUCAUUGAUUCGAUUAAACGCAAUUUCCAAAAAGAAAAAAAAAAUCCAUGGAAGAAAAAGGUCAACAGGGAAAAGAUCGAGUCUCUCCUGCUUCAAUUUCGGGUGAUGCGCGUGUGCCCGAUAACUACGCAGAUAAGCCACUUUCUCCCAAAAAUGAAAGGAUCGUUCCUCCAAAUCUGUCUCCGGAUGCAACCAUCACAGGGCCCAUAAGAAACGCUUCCAACCAACCCGAAGCAAAUGGAGCUCCGAACCCUGUGAACCAAACAAAUAGUUUUACUCCUCAAGAGCAGACCUACUAUUAUGGAGGUUAUGAUGAUGGCUCGGCUAUAUGGGGAGACUAUUCAAACUAUGGUUAUGUUAAUAACUUGCAAAUUGUGCCUCCGGCGAUGUACAAUGAUAAUGCUUCACUAUUGUUUCACCCUGCUUACGGGUUUGAUGCCCAAGUGGCAUAUGGCCAAUUUUCUCCACUUGCUAGCCCUAUAUCUCCGAUAAUGAUAGAUGGUCAGCUGUUUUCACCGCAUCAAGUCCCGAUGUCCCCAAAUUUCUACUCACAACCCGUUUCUCCUCAUCUUCCGGCCGAUUUGACUUCGCCAGUUAACAGUGGUCAAGAGGCUUUCUCUGACAAUGUUUUUCUGGGUCCGGGAUCUGGUUAUUAUGUGCAAUACGGCGGAAAUAAUAAUCUAGGACUCUACAAAUAUCCUGGGGAUAUCGGUUCUGGUGACUCAGCACCGAAUCGAUCGAUGACCUCAGAUACAAGUAGCUAUGGACCUCCACUAACAUCAGCAGCCUUAUACCCUGCGCCAGUUGGCGUUUAUGGCUCAUAUGAGCACAUUUUUAAUCAGAUUCCGCAGCAACAGACAGCAUAUGGAUACGGGUCGGUAUCCGGCUCCUCCACAAGGCGAUACCCACAAAGCGGAUCUUUUCAAGGGUAUACUAGUAAUUCCAUGUUUCAUGGCGAGGCUAGUCACCUGAAUCGUUUCGUGCCCGAAAAAGGCGGGAAAAAUAGGGAACGUGAUGCGAUUAGCAUGAUUAGUGAAUCGCAUGGUACUACCAGUAACAGAGGGCCAAGGGCAUCAAAAUCAAAGGGAAAUAACAAUAAUAAUAAUACUGCUGACGGUAAAAACGACGUUGCUUCUAGACUUGAUCUUGAGCUUUACAACCGACCCGAUUUUGUUACAACCUACGACAAUGCUAAGUUCUUUGUAAUAAAGUCGUUCAGUGAAGAAAACGUUCAUAAAAGUAUCAAGUACAGCGUCUGGGCCAGUACCCCAUUGGGAAACCGAAAACUAGAUGCCGCUUAUCAAGAGGCAAAGGAAUCCGGUGCCACCUGUCCCGUUUUCCUCUUUUUUUCGGUAAAUGCUAGUGGACAGUUUUGUGGGGUGGCUGAAAUGGUCGGACCCGUAGAUUUUGUGAACGAUGCAGAAUACUGGCAGCAGGACAGAUGGAGUGGUCAGUUUCGGGUCAAAUGGCACAUUAUUAAGGAUGUUCCCAACGGUCGAUUCAGACAUAUUAUUCUCGAAAAUAAUGACAACAAACCUGUCACCCAUAGCAGAGAUUCACAAGAGGUGAAACGAGAAGCGGGUAAUGCGAUGUUGAAAAUAUUCAAAGAUCAUGAUGCGAGUACGUCAAUGUUAGACGAUUUUGGAUACUAUGAUGAGAAAGAGAAAGAGUUGCAGGAAAAGAAGGCUAAAGAGCGGGACUUUACAAAAGUUAUGCCGGGUGUUGUGGACGAUACUUCAAUAACACAACUUGCUGAUAAAGUUGCGGAGUCUCUCCAUGUGGAAGAACAUAGGGAAGCACAGUAAAUACUUUUGUAAGUUCGCGUGCAAAGCUUGAAUUUGUGAAAGAUAAUGUUGCGUUUGGACUGACACCGAUAAUCGGGAUGAUUAACCCCUUCGUUUUAGUAAAAGUAUGGGAGUUGACUCUUUGACUUUGGACAGCCUUGUAUUUCUUCAUCCCUUCAUUGUUUCUAGAGGUAGGUGGUGGCGAGGCUAUGCUCGAAGAUGUUUUUAAUGUAGUUUUGAAGUUUUUUUUGGGGUUAUUGCAGGGUGCUAAUUCAUUUGCUCCCCAAAACAAGUGUACAAUCUCAAUUCUCAAGUAAAGAAUGAAUGAAGCUUUUUGCAAUUCUAAGGU